ACUGGAUUAUACAUCAAGGUACAUUUAGACAUAGAGAGCAUUUUCAUGUUUGCUUGUAUACAUCAGAAGCUCUUGUGAAAUGUCUGAGCGUAGAUGCAAAGCUCACCAUAUUCCCUCUCUAAUGUGCCAUCAAAGAUCUCAAGAAAUGUGUUACAUAUUGAGUGAGAAUAUUUUGGGUGGAAAGGAAUGUCACAGGUUGGAAAUAGAAACAGUGCCGUGUGUGUGUGUGUGUGUGUGUGUGUGUGUGUGUGUGUGUGUGUGUGGUGAGGGAUUUGAUUUGAGGUUAAAACUGGCUAGUUAUGUAAUUGGCAUGUGUUGAUAUGACAUUUUCAUGUAAUAUUUAAUGUUUUAUUUCGAUUUACAAUAUUAUUCUGUAAUACAGUAAUAUUGUAGUACAUACAUUCUAGUAUCACCUGUUUUUGUCUCAGGUGCAUCUAAAAAAAAUUUGAAUAUCGUGGAAAAGUACAUUUUUGUCCGUUACUUAAUGAAAAAAAUGUAACUUUCAUAUUUUCUAGAUUCAUUACACAUAAAGUGAAAUACUUCAAGCCUUUUUUUUUUUUUUUUUUUUUUUGUUAAACGUUUUUUUUUUUGGUUUGUUUGUUUUUUGUAAUCUUGAUGAUUACAGCUUACAGCUCAUGGAAAUCGAAAAUCCAGCAUCUCAAAAUAUUAGAAUAAAGAAUUUAUAAUACAGAAAUGUCGACCUUGUGAAAAGUAUGUUAAUUUAUGCACUCAAUACUUUGUCAGGGCUUCUUGUGCACAAAUGACUACAUGAAUGCGGCGUGGCGUGGAGGCGAUCAGCCUGUGGAACUGCUGAGGUGUUCUGGAAGUCCAGGUCGCUUUGAUGGCGGCCUUCAGCUCGUCUGUAUUGUCGGGUCUGGUGUCUCUCGUAGAUUCUCUAUGGGGUUCGGGUCAGGCGAGUCGGCUGGACAAUCAAGCACAGUAACACCAUGGAGAGUAAACCAGUUACUAGUAGUUUUGGCACUGUGGGCAGGUGCCGAGUCCUGCUGGAAAAGGAAAUCAUCUCCAUAAAGCUUGUCAGCAGAUGGAAGCAUGAACAGCUCUAAAAUCUCCUGGUAGACGCUGCAUCGACUCUCGACUUGAGAAAACACAGUGCACCAACACCAGCAGAUGACAUGGCAACCCAAAUCAUCACUGACUGUGGAAACUUCACACUGGACUUCAAGCAACUUGGAGUCUGUUCCUCUCCACUCUUCCUCCAGACUCUGGAACCUUGAUUUCCAAAUCAACAUUUACUUUCAUCUGAAAAUAGGACUUUGGACCACUGAGCAACGGUCCAGUUCUUUUUCUCCUUACCCCAGUGUGUCAGGGCGCGUUAUCCUGCUGAAAGAUGCCACUGCCGUUCGGGAACACCGUUGCCAUGAAGGGGUGUACUUGGUCUCCAACAAUGUUUAGUUCUCCAGCAGACAGAUCUUGAAGAAGGGAUUUCCUGAGCCAAAACCUCCAGAAGGUCAUGAUGAAUGAGCACGGCUUGGCCAUCGAUUUGCUGCUCAUCUGCAUGUCUUGUGGAGCAGCAAGUGUACUUUCAGCUUUUAAUUCCACCGUCUCUGCUCCACCGUCCAUCAGUUUCUCUGACAAUAACUCCAAAUAUCACAUGGACCAUGUAAACUUUCCAAAAAACAGACGAAAGAGGUACAUUUCCCAAGACGACCAGCUGGCCAUUCUUGAUUACCACAAUAAAGUUAGAGGAAACGUUUUUCCACCGGCUUCCAACAUGGAAUACAUGGUCUGGGAUGAAACCCUCGCUCAGAGAGCAGAAGAGUGGGCUUCUAUGUGUCUUUGGGAACAUGGCCCUCGCAAUCUUCUCAGGUUCCUCGGGCAAAACCUUUCUGUACGAACUGGAAGGUACAGAUCCAUCCUGCAGCUGGUGAAGCCGUGGUAUGAUGAAGUGAAAGAUUAUUCUUUCCCGUAUCCACGUGACUGCAAUCCCAGAUGCCCUCUUAAUUGCUACGGGCCCAUGUGCACACAUUACACGCAAAUGGUUUGGGCCACGUCAAAUAAAGUCGGAUGUGCCAUCCAUACAUGUCACAAUAUGAAUGUGUGGGGCUCAGUAUGGAGGAGAGCAACGUAUUUGGUGUGUAACUAUUCAGGAAAGGGUAACUGGAUUGGUGAAGCUCCCUAUAAAGUGGGCGUGCCUUGCUCAAUGUGCCCUCCCAGUUACGGCGGCUCGUGCAAUAACAACAUGUGUGUUCCUGCUGUGAACUCAAACUACCUGCACUGGUUUAAAUAAACACACACACACACACCACACACACACACACACACACACACACACACACACACACACUUUUUCUCUAGGCUUUGCACAACAUUCCUAAUUUGUAUAUAUGGAACUAUUUAAAAUAUAACCAUGUUUUCCAUUUCUUUUUUCUUUCUUUCUGUUUUAUUUUAAAAUGAUACAUCCCUUAAAUUAUUUUGUCAAUACAUAUCUAUACCAGGUACUGAGAUGCCAUAAAAAAAACACUAAGUAUUAUUUAAGGGUGUGUUAUAUGGCAGAAAUAUCAUAUCACAAUACUUGACCAUGUUUCACAAUACAUUGUAUGUAUCCUGAUAUUAUAUUUUUUUUUGCUGAAUUUGGAAUACAUAACAGCAUAAUGUACUGAUGUCCAGUCAGUCACUUGCUAAUAUUAAGUUUUAGACAGUGUGGCAUUGCUGUUUGUCAUUUCAUUUGGUGUAAAUGUGUUUUAAUUACACACAGUCGGUCUACUGACUUAUUACCAUAGCACAAUACUCUUCGAAAAGAAUUGUGAGAAAAUAUCUUCGUAUCAUCACAUCAUCCACGCCGAGUGAUGCCAUUACAGUGUAAAAUUAUAUACAGUAAAGCCAUGUGAGUUAGUCUGUUUUGUUUUAUAUCGAAUGAACUGGUUGUUUUAUUUUGGUUCAAUGUAGUCUUGUGUUUUUAAACUUACACAACACUUUGGUCAAAAAUGUAACAAUUACUUAACUGAAGAACCCUGGACCCUCAUCAUAUUGUAUACACAGCCGACUCACAACUUUCAAUGUUCAGGUCAGGAGAAUGGCAAUUCCAGUGUAGCGAGCUUCUAUCCAUCCAUCUUCGACCGUUUAAUCCUUUUCAGGGUCACCGGGAACCUGGAGCCUAUCCGAGGAGGCAUUGGGCACAAGGUGGGGUACACCCUGGACAGCGUGCCAGUCCAUCACAGGGCACAAUCACAUACACAUUCAUACACUACGGACACUUUAGAGACGCCAAUCAGCCUACCAUGCAUGUCUUUGGACUGGGGGAGGAAACCGGAGUACGCGGAGGAAACCCCCGCAGCACGGGGAGAACAUGCAAAUUCCCGCCGGGACUCGAACCCUGGAGGUGUGAGGCGAACAUGCUAACCACUAAGCCACCGUGCGCCCAGCAAGCUUCUAAAUCACGUAUAUAUUGCAUAUCAAUAUACAGUAAUAGACUUAAAAGUAUGUUACAUUUUAGUUAGGUUGAGUUAUGUUUUCCCAAAUUAUUGCCAGAACCUCAAAGUUUCAAAAAUGAUCCCCAAACCACCUUUUUAAAUCACAAUGCUUCUUUAAUUUGCUUAAUGUGUGUAUUAAUUACACACCUAUAAGUGCAAUCCGACGUUUAUGUCUAACUGCCUUUCAGUUAAAACUAUUUAUUGGCCAAAGUAAACUGUAAAUAUAUUUUUGUAUAAUAGUUAUUCAGUAAUUUUGUUAACAUUUUGUUUGUGCAUCUUUUUUUUUUUUUUUAAUUUAAGUGUCAUUUCUAUUGUGUUUUUAUCGUCCGUUUGUUUUAACACUCUGACAUGAAAAAUACAUGAAAAUGGAUAAAAGUGAGUCAGAUGGGCGUCAGUUUGUCCUGCGGAACAUUUUGCCUUUUAUCCACACCAAUUAAAUCGACACAGCAUCAGCUAUUUAAGUCCUUAAGUUUCACUGUUGAAUGAGAGUUGUCACAGUUUCAUACGCACUGACUGCUUUUAACUUUAAGUUGUAUUUAUCGUUUCCUAACAAACUGCCCUUUCUUUUGUAUUUGUAUUUUAUACUUCUGAAUAAAGGCAGACUUUUGUCUUAAACGUAUGACCUUGUUUCUCGUGUCAGUACUGAGCACAACCACACAGCGUCUUUGUUUAUUACACUUUAAAUCCUUCUUCACAGCGGGGGACAUAGCUGAGAGUAAUUAUUUGAACAGAGUUACACACUCUUGUAUGUCAUCUUCUAGUCUUAUUUCCCAUUGAGCAUUGUCAUGUCUUUAUCAAAAACAGAACUACUGCUGAGAUUUAUUAAGUAAUCAUAGGCUUAUUUAGCCAAUUCUUUUAAAACAAAGCCUGUGUUCAGGAUACCGUGGAUGAUUUCUGCAUCUUCUGCUCUGUUUCCUUCUCUACUCUCAGGAUUUCUCAUGACUUCCAAACACCUCUGGCUAGGGGAAAUACUUUAAUUAUAACGAUUUGAAAACCAGAGCAGAAAUGCAAAGCCAUAGAUGUUGGUAUAGACAGUAAUUUCUUUGAAGACUUUCAGGUGCAUCUGAACAACAGCCAAACACAAACAGACCAUCAUACGACCUGGAAUCGGCAAUUAGCGUGCAAAUGUAAACGGAAAUCUGUCCAUCAUGGGAAAGACGGGAAAACAGCUCAGGGAAAUGGUUGGUGACUACUUACUGUAUAUGACGUCCUUCACAAAACCUGAUUGUAACGUUCCUGUA